GCUGCUGCACUGACAUUAUCCAGAAGCAAGUUGCAUAACUCAAGCUGAUGAAAUAUGGAGCUGCUGCAGGCGCUUUGUUGCACAUUUCUGUUGCUCUUAGCGAGAAUGCAAGUUCUACACGCAGUCAGUUGGGAGGAAUGGUGGACAUAUGAUGGCAUAUCGGGUCCUGCCUUUUGGGGUCUCAUCAACCCGGAGUGGUCGCUGUGCAACAAGGGGCGGCGACAAUCUCCAGUGAAUCUAGAGCCACAGCGUUUGCUCUUCGAUCCCAAUCUGCGACCGAUGCACAUUGAUAAGCACAGAAUAAGCGGUCUGAUUAGCAAUACUGGGCACAGUGUCAUCUUCACUGCCGGCAAUGAUACGGUGGCCAACUAUGAUGGAAUGCAGAUGCCUGUAAACAUUUCGGGCGGUCCACUGUCCUAUCGCUAUCGCUUUCAUGAGAUACAUAUACACUAUGGACUGAAUGAUCAAUUCGGAUCCGAGCACAGCGUCGAGGGCUACACAUUCCCUGCGGAGAUACAAAUAUUUGGCUACAAUUCCCAGCUAUAUGCAAAUUUCUCGGAUGCCCUGAAUCGUGCCCAGGGCAUUGUCGGUGUCUCCAUUUUGCUGCAGCUGGGCGAUCUGUCCAAUCCGGAGCUGCGGAUGCUCACCGAUCAGCUGGAGCGCAUACGCUACGGCGGCGACGAGGCCUUCGUAAAGCGGCUCUCCAUACGCGGCCUGCUGCCCGACACCGAUCACUACAUGACCUACGACGGGUCCACUACGGCGCCGGCCUGCCACGAGACAGUCACCUGGGUGGUGCUGAACAAACCCAUUUACAUAACCAAGCAACAGUUGCACGCAUUGCGUCGUCUUAUGCAGGGCAGUCCAGAUCAUCCAAAGGCACCGCUGGGCAACAAUUACCGACCGCCUCAGCCGCUGCUGCAUCGACCAAUACGCACGAACAUUGACUUUAAGACGACGAAGACGAAUGGAAAGGCCGCCUGCCCCACCAUGUAUCGCGAAGUCUACUAUAAAGCCACAAGUUGGAAACAAAAUUAGGGGCUAUAUGCGCUGAUAAGCUGAUGCGAUGAGGAGUUACGCAUAUGCCUAAUAUAAUGGGCGAAGGCGCGCAACUGGAGCUUCCACUAAAC